AUGACGAACCAAGACGCAAACGAACCACCAUCUACAACGAAAACGACAACGAGUUCAGAUACGACCAAAAGUCCCGCUACAGUCACGACGGCUGCCGCUAUCCCCAACCCUACCCCCGACUCCUCGUCCCACACGGCCUCGGAACUCCACCUCCUCUCCCGCAUAACCGGCCUGGAACGCCAAUUGCGCGAGCAGACGGCCCUUCUCGCGCGCCUCACUCGCACCACCCCGGUGGCCUCGAGUGCAUGUGUCCCAACGUCGAACUUGGCCGUGACCUCGACCCCGACCUCCGAUGAUACUGCAGCACCGCGAAGCGCUCCUCCCUCCCGGUCUCGCUCCCGGUCCCCUCGACGCGCCCGCGCCUUCAAUCCCGCAGCCUACACCACACGGCACAUCGCGCUGAAGUUCGCGUACCUGGGCUCUCGGUACGGCGGGUUCGAGCACGCGAACGGCAACGUGACGCCGCAGCCGACUGUCGAGGAAGUGCUGUGGAAGGCCCUGCGCAAGGGGAGGCUGAUCAGCCCUGAGGUGCCGCCCGGCGCGGACGAGAGCGUCAAUGUGCUUUGGGGCCCGGAGGAGAGGAGGCGGGCGUAUGCGUGCGCGGAGGUUGGGGACAGGUAUAAAAAGUCGGCUCACGCAAAACCGAGGCUCCGACUCGACCUCAAUUGGGAGGGAUGCCAGUAUAGCAAGUGCGGGAGGACAGAUAGGGGGGUCAGUGCGUUUGGGCAGGUCGUGGGCAUACGCGUGCGGAGUAAUCGCCCUCGCGCCGUUGAGAAGCCGGGGCAAGAGGAGGUGGCUCAACAGCUUGGCAAUGGCGAUAGGGAUACCGAAGUGGCCGCAGACCCCUUGCCAGAAGACGAUGACAUGCCCGCUAUAGACAGCGAGGAUCUCGCCACGGAGACGUACGAGAAAGAAUUCGACCCCGUGGGCGACGAGCUGCCGUACAUUUCGCUCCUGAAUGCGCUGCUCCCGCCCGACAUCCGCGUCCUCGCGUGGUGUCCGUCCCCGCCGGCAGACUUCGACGCCCGCUUCUCCUGCCGCGAACGCCGGUAUAAGUACUUUUUCACAAAUCCUGCGUUUUGUCCCACGCCGGGCGCCUUGGGGUUACUUCGCGGGGCACAAGGCAGGGAAGGGUGGCUGGACGUGGAGCGGAUGAAGAUCGCGGCCAAGAAACUGGAAGGCGUGCAUGAUUUUCGCAACUUUUGCAAAAUCGACGCGAGUAAACAGAUGAGCAGUUGUGUGAGGAGGAUCACGUUCUGCGAUGUGGUCGAGUGGGAUGGGAGUGGACGGGCCGUGGUGGAGCAUGAGGGCUUGAAUGAGCGCGACCAGCGCGAAUUUGAUGUGGAUCCUGGGAUUGUGUCUGGGUAUGGGAACGGGAACGGGAACGGGAAUGUUGACCGUAUCCAGACGCACGCGGGGCCCAAAGUGUACGCUUUCUGUGUCCACGGGACAGCAUUCCUGUGGCAUCAAGUCCGGUGCAUGGUCGCCGUGCUGUUCUUGGUGGGCCAGGGGUUGGAGGAACCCAGCAUCGUGGACGAGUUGCUCGAUGUGGCCAAACACCCGGGCCGUCCGAUGUACGAGAUGGCAGACGACGCGCCGCUUGUGCUCUGGGAUUGUAUUUUCCCUGACAAGGACAAGGAUCCCAAUGGGCCUAGCGACGGGGAAAUGGUGGAUUCGUUAGAUUGGCUGUAUGCGGGGGAUGAACGCACCGUCCCUGCCCUUCUGACCAGUCCUGCCAAGAAUGAUGGCAAAUUCGGCGUUGGUGCCGUCGUCGAUGAACUUUGGACGCAGUGGCGCGAGGCCAAGAUGCAGGAGAUCCUCGCAGGGAGUUUGCUCGAUCUGGCCAUUUCUCAGGGCGACCAGAGUCCUUUCCGACGGGUUGUACCAGAUGCUCGUGGUCCGAAAAGUCAGAAGGUCUUCGACGGGAGUGCUCGCGCCAGGAUGCAGGGGCGUUAUGUCUCCAUCAUGAAGAAACCCCGCAUGGAAAAUCUCGAGGUGUUGAAUGCGAAGUGGUUGAAAGGUCGGCAGGGGAGACGUGCGCGCGAAGAGGCGGACGCGGAGACGAGUGGGUUAGGAGAGUAG